UGCCCCACUGUCCUUUCCUUUUCCUCAUGAUGUCUACAUGGCUUUCAAGUUUAAAACUGCUGAGACAAAGGUAAAGAAAAUCAAGCUGGCACUGAACUCAGGGACUCUUAUUGUCUCUGACAUAUGGCAGAUUAUUUUGCUCAAUCUGCUAAAAUGUGUGCUAAUAUUCUACCUUGUGUAUUACAUAGUCCUGUGCUUUUGUUUCACAGCAUUCAGAAUUCAAAUGUUGGAUGGAUUUGCACCUUUUGAUUUUAAGACAAAACCUUCAUGGUUUAACCCACACUAUUUAGUUCUUAUAAUAUCAAUGGAAAUAGCCUGUGUUAUCUCUGGCCUGCUCUUUGCCUUGCUGGUAGAAGAAUGGGUUUGGGAUUAUGCCAUAACUAUUACAAUAAUUCACAUCACAGUAACUUCAGCAGUAAUGGCUGAAUUUCCACUGAUGUUGCACUGGUGGGCAGCUUUAGGUUCUGGCCUCAUUUUAAUGAUUUGCAGUGGUCAAUGUUUGGCUUUUUACCUGUUCAAGGACAAUUUUAUUUAUCCUAUUCUUGAUGAUUUCUGAAAUAUUUUGUUCAGUAUCUCCAUUAUGUUUUUAACAAAACAUGCUUGUUUCAGCAUGUCAUUUUCUGAAGAGCAGAAUCAGAAACACUUCAAUUACCUAUUAUUAUUAUUGGUGCUAUUCAGGGAUUUUUUUCCCCCCAUGAUAUUCUGUAAAUGUUCUACUUAUUUUAUUUCUAGCUUAAUAAGUUUUUUUCUUGAUAAAAGAUGGAAAGAAAUAGAAAGAAUAUUUAAAGAUAAACCUUUGCUCCAGCACAUAAUGAAUUUAGUCUGUCAUUAAUUAAUUAAUUAGUUAAUUUGUUUAUAUCCCAUCAUUAUCAUUUGUAUAAAUAACUCAAAGCAGUGAACAUAAUACUCAUUCCUUCUUUUGUUUUCUAACAAGCAACAAUCCUGUGAGGAAGGCUAGGCUGAGAGAGAAUGACUGGCCCAAAGGCACCCAGCUGGUUUUCAUGCCUAAGGUGGGACUAGAACUCAUUGUCUCUCAGUUUUUAGCCUAGGGCAGGGGUGUUAAACUGCUGGCCCGCAGGUGCCCACCCUAGCUCCAGCAAGGGAGAAAAAGUCACAAUAUGUUACAACAUGUCAUGUGACACAGCAAGUUUGAUAUCUCUGGCCUAGGCCCUUAACCACUAAACCAAACUAAUUGAUAAAUUUCUAUGAAUGGUUUUACCAUAUUUGGGGGGGAAACAGGUUUUGUGAGUGCAAGUGUGUGUGUGUGUGAGAGAGUGUAUGUUUCUAGGAAAUUAAUAUUGACAAAUCCAUAUUAAAAUAUGUUAACUGUUAGGGGUGUGGCCACAUUCUAAAACAAAGAUUUUACAAUGGUGCAGAUCUUUAC